GUAGCUGCCAAGCAGAGCAGCCCCCGCAAGACCACGCAGGCUAUUGCCCGGAGGGCGCGAGGAGAGGGGCACAAGGCGCAGGAAGCCGCUCCAACAGCACCAAGCUGCCAAGAGGGCGCCCUCGACAUGCCAGAAGGAAGAUGGGUCCGCCUUUCGACAGAGAAGCCCACCAGCACCGUUUAUGUGCUCGGUACGGAAACGUCCCUCGACGUCUGCGGGUCGGCUCCUACUGGUGCAGCAGCCUUUGACGUCUGGGGGACUUCGGGCCUGAACCUCUUUAUUGUCCAUAAUGGGGAGGUUUUGAAGAUCCCCUGCUGCGUAACCAGAUGGCCCCUAAACAGCAGAGUGGAAGUGAUAGUAACAAUGGAUGCGCCGAGUGUGGAAGUCGAUGAGGACAAGGUCAGGAUUUCGUACUACAAGGACAAGGGGAAGACGCCCAUAGCGAAAGCCGUGCUGCACCUCACCUGUGUGGAAAUUUCCCUGGAUGCCGAUACGAGCCGUUCGGGAUCCGUGCACAGAAAUGCUAAGGAUAAGAAAAAUUGGACGUGGGGUCCGGAAGGUGCAGGAGCCAUCCUCCUGGUCAACUGCGACAGAGAUGACCCUGAAACGAAGGACGUGGACAACAAGGACCAGAAAAUGCAGUCAUUCAUGGACCGCGGGGAUAUGUCCCUUAUGAUCCUGACGACGCGUGGGCCUGACGACAUUUUUGAGGAUCACCAGCUGGUUCUCCACGUCUCGGCAUCUGACACUGACAAAGUGGGCGUCUUCCAUGCUCAGGGGCGAAAAAAGAAACUGAGCCAGCACAAGCAUGUUCUGGGGUCUGGGAAGCUCUCCUACCUGGUGGAACACAGCAGUGGCCAAGAAGAGAAUUUUUUCUACGUGGAAGCGCUUGCCUUUCCGGACAUCACCUUCCCUGGACUUGUGUCCUUCCAUGCCACGCUGCUUGAGGCCACCACCCAGGAACUGCCUGAGGCUCCCAUUUUCAACGACACUGUGGUCUUCCACGUUGCUCCAUGGAUAAUGACCCCCAACACUUUGCAGCCAGUAGCUGUUUACGUAUGCAGUAUGAAAGACAACACUGCGUUUGUGGCGGACAUUAACAAGCUGGCCAAGAAAGCUGGUUGCAAAGUGAUUGUCUGCCCAGAAGUGGAAAAUCGGGGUGACCAGUGGAUCCAGGAUGAGAUGGAGAUUGGGUACACUCAAGCACCGCACAAAUCAUUUCCUGUGGUCUUCGACUCCCCGCGGAACAGAGGCCUGGAUGGCUUCCCAUUUAAGACAGUUUUGGGCCCUGAUUUUGGUUACGUGACCCGGGAACCAGUGAAUGAGAGUGUCUCCAGCUUGGACUCUUUUGGGAACCUGGAGGUCAGCCCUCCAGUGACUGUCAAGGGCAAGGAGUACCCCCUGGGGAGAGUAAUCCUGGGGACGUACUUCCCUAGUCUUCAUGGUCAAAAGAUGGUCAAGGUUGUCCGGGACUUCCUUUAUGCCCAGAAAGUGCAAUCGCCCAUUGAACUGUAUUCUGACUGGCUGCUGGUGGGGCACGUAGAUGAAUUCAUGACCUUCGUCCCAGCCCCCGACAGAAAGGGCUUCCGCUUGCUCCUGGCCAGCCCCUGCGCCUGCUACAAGCUGCUGAAGGAGAAGGAGCAGGAGGGCUACGGCGAUGCCAUGAUGUUUGAUGGACUGGAAGAAGGCAAACAAUCCUCAGUUACGACGAUCCUGGCUGAUAAAUCCUUGAGGAGCAGCAACGAGUAUUUCCAGAAAUGCAUCGACUGGAACCGGGACAUCCUCAAAGGGGAGCUGGAACUGACGGAGGAGGACAUCAUCGACAUUCCUCAGCUCUUCUCUUAUGUUAGAGGCAAAGCCAUCGCGUUCUUCCCAGACAUGGUGAACAUGCUUGUUCUGGGGAAGUACCUGGGCAUUCCAAAGCCCUAUGGGCCUAUUAUUGAUGAGCAGUGCUGCCUGGAAGAGGAGGUCCGCCGUCUGCUGGGGCCGCUGGGAUUGGCCUGCAUCUUCAUUGACGACUACAAAACCUAUCACUUGUUCUAUGGCGAGGUCCACUGCGGCACCAAUGUCCGCCGGAAACCCUUCUCCUUCAAGUGGUGGAACAUGACCCCUUGAACAGAGGGGGCCCGCUUCCCUGCAGGCGAGGAAGAUGUUGGGGCAGCCACUGUGGCAGCUUGCACCACCCUUGCGCUUAUGUGCAUAAUCAGUCACUUUCCAAGGAACCUUGGCUGGUUCCCGUCGGUAACAAAUGAAGGUGUUUGCCAGACCCUUAUCCACCCUCCAGUGCCACGUGUCUUUGACCUGCUUCAAAAGCUGCGCUCACCCACUCUUUCACACUCCUCGGCCUUAAAUCUCCAGUUAUGGAGUCCACCAACACAUUUCAUGCCGAUUGGGUCCCUGGCUUCUUAAAACCAGACUGUUACAAGCUUCCUGGACGGGGACCCAAGUGCUGAAUGGGUGCCCUCUAGUGAAGGCACUCGUACUUCAAUCUGCAGUCUGAGCUACUGCAACCUGACUAGAUCUGCUGCUCUGCAAUGAGCCAGCUGUCCAAGACAAGUUCACAGGGGAACAGUCUUGCAUUGCAGGGGAUCUGUAGCCCCUCCCCUCCAGUCUGAAUCUUAGAGCAGACUAGUGUGAAUUUUGGAGCUGGGAUUUUUUUUGGGGGGGGGGAAGAGGAUGACAGAAUGGUGCUCGAUUGCCUGUUUUAUUUAGCGUUAGGUAGGUCCUUAUCCACAGACCAGAGGCAAGCUAGCAAUCAAGAUCCUGUUCCCAGUUCUAAGCUAUGCCAAUCCUUCAGAGACCCAGGUUCAAAGACAUGAGGCAGGGGGAGAAGGGGGUCAGUCCAGAAAUUUCUGUGUGGAGGAUCCUUCUUACUCUUCCCCUUUUGAGUGGCUGGCAUCGCAAAGGUGCACCUCUCUAAGGCUUAACAGAGUAUAAUGUGUGUGAGAAAUAUACAUUUCUUUGAGGGUUUUUUUUCAAACAAAUGAAUUAUGUAGUGGUUGAAUUCUAUACCUCUGUUGAUUUUUUUAAAGAAAAGCUUGCAAAUAUUUUUCUCUUGAAGAGUUUUAUGGGCUGUUUCAAUAAAGUUAUUAAGAGUU